AUGGCAUCAGAUUUGACAGUGGCUAUAAUUGCAUUAUCUGUUUGUCUUUGGCUUCUUGUGAUUCACGUUCAAACUCCAAUUGAGUUAAUUUUUCAAACGACAAAAUCAAUUAUUAAUGAAAAUAAUCCGAUUACUUUACGUCCUGAUAAUGACGAUGUAUCUGCGAACCUUUAUAGAGAGUCAACUUUUGAUUUUGUCCCAAUAACGUGUAAAGAAACAAAAGCGAUUAUAAGCAAAUCAAUGAAUGUAGUGAUUGCGAUUGGAAUAAUUACUUUUUUUCAAUUUCCAGACGGACUAAUUCAUGUGUCAGGGGAAAUCAAUAAUGUUAUUGAGCAUGUUUCUUCUAAUAGAUUUUAUUUUGAAAUUAUAACUUUAGAAAAUAAAGGAGUUAAUGUUAUAAUUAGAAAUGAUGAAUUGUUUAUUAAUAGAAAAGAUGAUGAAACCAUACACUUUAUGUUUAAUACAAGGUUGAUUUCGAUGAAUAAUAAGUGUAAUAUAAAUCAAAGAAGGAGACUAAAAAAUGUUAUUGGAAAGAAAUUUUCUGUUUAUAUUAUGGAGGAGGAUGACAAAAAUUAUUAA